AUGACAACCACGAGUCUGUCGGAGAUAAAGUUCGAUCUGAACCUUCCCGGCGAAACAGAGGUAUCAAAUCAGCAGAACCCAAGCCAAAAUCCUGUGGUGGGUCCGUACGGUUCGAACGGUCAAGUCAUAGCAGCCGUAGAUCAACACCGUGGGCCGCUAUUAGAUCAACGGUUCUUGGCUUUGGUCUCACCGAGAGGUAACCUGAGGAGACACUCAGGCGAUUUCUCCGACGCUGGACAUUUCUUAAGAUCUUGCUCCCUCUGCGAACGCCUACUUGUUCCUGGCCGCGACAUCUAUAUGUACAGGGGAGAUACGGCCUUUUGUAGUUCAGAGUGCAGGCAACAGCAAAUGGCACAAGACGAGAGGAAAGAGAAAGGUAAAUCGGUGAAGGAAUCUGCGGUGGCGGCCACCGUGAAAUCCGGCAAAGGAGGGAGAGCUGCAGCCGCUGUGUAAUCCUCUAUAAUUAUAUAUAUAUAUAUGGUAUGUGUGGUUUGCUAUGCGUUUGUAUAUGAUUAUGAUGGGGUAAUACAUAUAUUAAAGCAUUGAGCAUUAAUUAACCUAUGUUAAUCACUCUCGAGUGUCGUGGUGAUAUGAGAUGGUUUUUCCGAGGGUUCAAAUUUUACAAGUUUUGAUCUAUUUGAAAUAAAUCCAAAUGUAAAACUUGUGUUUUGUUUUCAAGUACUUAAUGAGAAAAUUUAAGAUCACCCAUUUACAAUGGAUACUUGUGGGUAAGGUUGCAAUUUUAGGAUAUUUAGAAUCGAC